AUGUUGCCCUUUCAGUUGAGGAAGGCGGUGGAAGCCGCAAACCAAACGGCGCAGCAGCAAAUGCAGCAAAACCAGAAUGAAGCAGAAGGGAAGAUGUCAUCAGAGGAGCACAGCCGCCUGGCGGAGCUCCAAAGACAAAGGGCCCACUUAGAAAUGAGACAGCUGCAAGCACAAGCGGGUUUGCUGACGAAGACUCAGGCACAAGUUGCUGCUGCAGGUUUGGAGUGGCUUUAUGAGGACCCGAAAAACAGCGCAGAGGCAAAAGAACAAGAGCGGGAGGCCUUUCUUCUGGGGAAGCCGAUACCAAACGUCGCUCCAGCAGCAGAUGAAUCGAUAGAAAAAAGAGUAGGAGAGUCUUCGCUAAAGGCUCCUGCAGUGUUGCUGCCUACACAAGACCGCCUUAGGAAACUGCGAGAGGAUCCGCUGCUGUUAAUUAAACACGCGGAGAUGGCGCAGCAAAUCGCACAGGAGUCAAAUCCUCUGCUGCAGCUGCAGAAGAGGGCGCAACCAGCUGCAGCACCUGCAGCAGCAGAAGCAGCAGCAGCAGCAGCAGCUGCUGCUGCUGCUGCAGAGCGUAAGAAGUUGAAGAAAGCUCUAAAGAAGCAGAAGAAGAAGAAGAAGAAAGACAGGCGCCACAAACACACAAAGCACAAACGCAGCAAAGUAAGCAGCAGCAGCAGCAGCAGCAGCAGCAGCAGCGAGAGUGAGGGGGAGUACAGGCGCAGCAAAGAAGAUAUCGAGAAGAUAAAGAAAGAAAAACAAAUAAAGAGAGAGAGAUCUCCAAGCACCCGCGCGGAGUACAGCAGCGAAAGCAGCAGACAGAAGAAAUCAAGGAUAGCCGAAGACAGCAGCAGCAAACGCAGCAGCAGAGAAACCAGCCGCAGCAGCAGCAGCAGCAGCAGCAGCAGCAGCAGCAAAGACAAAAACAGAGAAAGACACAGCAGCAGAGAAAGACAAAGAGACAGACCGCAUGCAUCAACAUCUCCUCUCCCUUCUUCUGCUGUCUCCCUAGACACCUCGCAACCCCACAGCAGCAGCAGCAGAAGCAGCAGCAGCAGCAGCAGCAGCAAUAGCAGCAGCAGCAGAAGCAACAAUGGCAGCAGCAGCAGCCACAAUAACAACAGCAACAGCAGCAGCAGCCACAAUGACAACAACAACAGCAGCAGCCACAACGACAGCAGCAGCAGCAGCAGCAGCAGCAGCAAGCGAGUGUACGGUCCUAGUUUGGUUGGAGCUGGGAGCGAGCCUUCUCCCUUUCGGGUGUCUGAUGAUCUGCUUCCGCCUGCAGCAAUUCGUUUGAAGGCAGCAAAGCUGCAGCAAAUGCAGCAACUCAAGCAGCAGCAAGCUUCCCUCUUAAGCGCCUCUUCCAGCAGCAGCAGCAGCAGCAGCAGCAGCAGCAUGCCGGUGGAGGUGAACAAACAAACGGAAGAAGAGCGGCUUCAAGCCAUGAGGGAGGAGGGACUCAGGCGAGAAGCAGAAAAGCAGCGGAGGUCGGAGUUAAUUCGACUGAAAGAAAAACUCGAAGAAAAAAUCGACAAACAAAGACGAGAAAUCCUAGGGAGCUCUGAAGAGACUCGAGGCCUCCGCCCUAGCAUUGUCUCCAUCGAUAUAAAUGAAGAGCAGAGAGCAGUGUGUUUUGCUAAUCGGAAGCUGCAAAAAAGUAUUAAUCACCUUGAAGCUACAAACGCUGAACUCAAAUAA